AGAAGUUACUGCUGGUGCUGAGACACGGUGAACCCGAGUGGACUAAAAUGUUUGUAAUUCUGGUUCUGGUUCUGCAGCUUACAGAAAUCACAGGAAAGUUUUCACCCAGAUUUGUUGUCCGAGAUGGAGAUGAUGUCACUCUGCCUUGUGAUAACAUGAGAGAUGAACAGGAUAGAUGUGAAAAAACUAACUGGCUCUUCAGUAAUUCACCAGAUUCAUCAGUUACAGUCUCUACAGACAGACAGGUUUCUGAAAAGACGGAAAGAUUGGAGGUGGCGGCUGAUUGCUCUCUGGUCAUAAGGAAUGUCUCACAUGAGGAUGUUGGUUUCUACACCUGCAGAACUUCACAUAUCAAUCAUAAUCAUGAUGCUCAUGCUCAUCUGUUUCUCAUAACAAUGAUGGAGAAGGAAGACGGCGACCAAGUGAAGUUUUGCUGCUUCGUCGCAACAAAUGAAAUGUGCAAACACACGGUGGAGUGGAUGUAUGAGGGAAAAGCUGUGGAGGAUACUAUGAUCAUGAAGACGUCCAGAUGUUCAGUUACUGCGGUUAUUCCUGAAAGUUUCCUCAAGAACAAACCGGAAUAUCCAGAGAUGUUUUCCUGCAAAGUGAAGGAUGAUUCCACAGAAAGAGACCAGCUGUUUCCCCUCAACCCUCAGUCUGCCGGUAAUGAUGUAAGCAUAACAAAUCCAGGAGGAGAAGCUAACGAAACGGAGCCUGCGUUCAAAAACACUUCAACAACCCCACUGAACUUGUGGUUAUACGUUGUUGUGUCGGUUGGUUCAGUAGCUUUGAUAAUAACUAUUCUGGUGAUCACUCUGUGGAAACGAAGGGAAGAGGAAAGAUCAAUAAUUCUUCAGGAUGUGGAGCAAAGCCUGAACUCUGCUGCGGUUCUGUCGAAUCCUGGAAACGGCCCAAACACGGACGAUGAGAAGCCAGGCGACUCGGUGACCUACAGCUCCCUGAAGGUCGAUUCUCCUGACAGCCUGAACGCAAACCGUUAGAAAAUCACAUGAACAAGAAAGUCAAUAUUUUGCUUCUGAAAAAAAA